AAUUGCUUGCUUAAUUAAUAAAUAAUAGACAGUUCGAAGAAUAAAGUUUUGUACAAAGAAUAUUGUAAGUCUCCAAAUAAAAUUAAAACUAAAAUCUUUAAAAAGACGUAGAUAUAAGAAUAACUUAAUUCCGAUAAUAUAUAUAAUCUGAAUUUUAGAAAUUAUAAGUAUAAUCUUAACCAUAAAUAAGAAAUAAUCUUUCUCCUAUUAAAUAAUAAAAAGUUAAAAGAGUAUAUGUAGAUGGUUGCUUUGAUUUAAUGCAUUCUGGACAUUUUAAUGCUAUAAGAUAAGCUAAAUAAUAUUGUGAAGUUUUAGUUGUAGGAGUUAUUGCUCAGGAUGAAAUCACAAAAAGGAAAGGACCUCCAGUUCUCUAAUAUGAAGAGCGUUUAGCUAUAGCAAAAGCAUGUAAAUGGGCUGAUGAAAUCUGCGAAAAUGCCCCUUAUGAUCCAACUAUAGAAUUAUUAGAUAGAUUAAAUUGUAGUCAUGUUGCACAUGGUGAUGAUAUGAUUAUAGGCCCUGAUGGAUCAGAUGCCUAUUCAAUGUUUAAAGAAUCAAAUAGAAUGAUUACUUUUAAAAGAACUGAAGGUAUCUCUACAACUGAUAUUGUAGGAAGACUUUUAUUAAUGACAAAAAAUUAACCAAAUUAAGAUAUGAAAAAAAUAAGAAAAUACAGUUAAGAUAGUGGUGUUGCAGUUAGUAAAUUAGAUAAUUUAACGGCUGAAGAAGAAAAGAAUGAAGAAGUACAUGAAGUACAAAAAGAAUAAUAAAUUAAUAACUAAAAAUAUUAAUAAUAAGUUGAAUAAGCAGAAUAAAAAGUUUAAAAAAAGUUAAAACUUUUAAAUACUACAAAAAGAAUUAGAUAGUUUUCAGCUGGAAAUAGAGAACCUAAAGAAGGAGAUAAAAUUGUGUAUAUUGAUGGGUCUUUUGAUAUGUUACAUGUCGGACAUAUUUAAACCUUAUAAAAAGCUAAAGAAUUAGGAGAUUAUUUAAUUGUUGGUUUGCAUGAUGAUGAAAUUAUAAACGAAAAGAAAGGAAAUAAUUAUCCUAUAUAUUCUUUAUAAGAAAGAGUUUUAAAUGUUUUGGCUAUGAAAUAUGUAGAUGAAGUUAUUAUUGGGGCUCCAUGGAAUAUUAAUUAAAACAUGAUAAAAGAGUUUAAUAUAAGUAUUGUUGUGGAAGGAAGUAUGACAAAGUAAAAAGUAAAUGAUUAAACACAAGUAACUAGGGAAGAUGAUCCUUAUAAAAUUCCAAAAUAAAUGGGAAUUUACAGAAUUGUUGUAUCUGCUUGUAAUUUGACAACUGAAAAAAUAGUAGAAAGAAUUAUUGAUUAACGAUUAAAAUAUUUAGAAAUAUAUAAUGAAAGAAAAAUUAAAGAAAUAUGA